AUGGGACAGGUUAAGGCCAGGCAGACCAGGGAACAGGAGACACCCCCGGACUUCUUCUACUUCUCUGACCUGGAGAGACACAACGCUGAGAUCGCUGCCUUUCAUCUGGACAGCGAUAUUUUUCUCUCUCUUCCAGCUCGUCCAUCUCCUACUCCAGACACCCGGCCCAGGCCUGACCCCCCUGUGAGGAUCCAUGUGAGGACAGGAACAGAAACAGGGGUAGAUGAGGCAUUGCACCCCUCAGGCCUAACCUCCCCCAGGGGGCAGCGGAUCCGGAGACCCCCCCAGUCGUCCUCCGGCCCUCGUCAACCAGAGAGGGCCAGGGCAGGGCCAGCCCUGCUGGACCAGAGGUCCCAACACCAACAACACCACACCCAGCCACAGGCAGACCAGAGAAACAGACACAACCACAAACUAGCCUCUGAGUCCGUCUAUGUGGUAUCACUGCAGGCACAGAGAGCAACGGGGCGGAGCGCGCCAAGCAACAGGGCCACCCUGACCAAAAAAGCUCCACCAGAGCCUGAGGAGCAUGAGGCCAAAGACAUCAGCGUGAGGGUCAUGUCCCCUCAGUCUGUCCUCAUCAGCUGGGUGGACCCGUCCAUCGAGAUGGAGAAGGUCCUCCCUGGGGGCUCCAGACACUACACAGUGAAGUACAGGGAGAAGGGUGAGUCUGCUCGAUGGGAGUACAAGGAGACCAACCAGAGGAGGCUGCUGAUAGAUACCCUGUCAGCUGACAGGAUGUACGAGUUUUCUGUCCGCAUCUCCAAGGGAGACAACCAUGGCAAGUGGAGCACAUCUGUGUUCCAGAGGACCCCAGAAUCGGCUCCCUCCGGUCCUCCAGAGAACUUUCACGUGAAGGCGCUGAGAGGGAAGGGAACCGCCGUCUCGGCGACCUGGGACCCUCCUGAGGAACCCAACGGGAGGAUACGUGAGUACAUCAUGUCCUAUGCUCCUGCCAUGAAACCCUUUGGGAUGAAGUCAGUGACAUACCGCGGCAGCAUCACCUCAGCCAUCGUAGACGGCCUCCAGCCUGGGGACCGUUACAUCUUUAAGAUCAGGGCCACCAACAGGAGGGGCCAGGGCCCUCAAACCAAAGCCUUCAGUGUGGCCGUACCUCGUGGCACCACCAACAACGCUGCCUCCCUGCCAACUCAUCACUCCAAGAGCCAGGGAGGCCGUAGAACCAGCCACACACCUUCUCGGACCACCGAACAGGACAGUCACCAUGACGAUGACACCGACCUCCAAUUAGACACCGUGACCGAACAGCUGACCACACCCACCCAGACCACAUCCUCCCCGUCCGCCACCAGACGGACACGCCCACUCACCCAGACACGCUCCUAUCACAGCAUCUUCUCAGAUGUGAGGGGCACAGUCAGGAAGGGGGCGACCAAUCAGCAACUAGGAGGCGGUACCUCUUCAGCCAGAGACAAGGGGAGAGAGACAGAAACAGAGAAUGAACAGCAGGAGGAGUACAAAACAACAGAACCCAAUCCAGAAGAACAGAAGAAGGAGAGGCUCACUAACGAGGCUCUGGAGGAGAAGAAAGAAGCAUUGACUCAGAACAACGGUGUUCCUUCUGAACCUGAGGAGGAGGACAGGAGCCAUGGCAGAGGGAGAGGGAAGGAUCCAGCUGUAGAUGAGACCUCUAGCCCCAGCCUCAAAACAGAGGUUUCCUCAUCAGAGGGCUCCUCAUCAUCGUCCAAACCCUCCUACCCUCUCCGCAAACCUGUCUCCGGUAGACGCAUCAACUCUGGUCGACGGCAAUUCUCCCGGACAUCAGGCUUAGGGUCAGUGAUCCAGCCGAAGACACAGAAUGCAGAAAUGGACAGUGCCUCCUCCUCCUCCUCUUUGUCCUCCAGCCCAUCCCACAGCCAGGAGUCAGCAGCCAUCAGGAAAGAUGAUGCGGUCACCAACUACGCCCAGGGUAAAAACACCUAUGACCAGCCCAGUGUCACAGAAACCAAACCCUCCACCUCCACCCCAGAGCAGGCCAUCUCAGAGCCCGAGGCCGAGGCACCUUCUGUGGGUAGGGGUCCUGCUCUGCCGGGCCGUGGAUAUGGUUACGGCAGGAGGAAACCUGGGAUCCUGUCUCGAGGGAAUCCAAAUGGCCGAGUUCUGACUGGACUCCGCAAACCUGGGUCCGCCUCAACAUCGACUGGAGGCAAGAUUCCUGAAACGUCACACACUCACGGCUCACACACUCCUAACGCGCAGGACUCAACACACCACCAGGAGAAAAAUGACCACAACGACUACAAAAACACAGAGGCAGAGGCCACAAAAGAAGAAGAACCCACUUCCA